AUGUGUGCUUCUAAUCAUGUUGUUUGGUCUUUCUUUAAUGAGGGAGUAUCAAUGAUUCUCGGUAACGGUUCGGCUACGUCCUUCUGGUUAGAUUCCUGGUCUGGCUCUUCUUCCUUCGCUGUUAGGUAUCCGGGUCUGUUUGCUUUAUCAAGAUCUAAAUUUAUUUCAGUUCAAGAUCAAUUUUCCACUAUUCUUGGAACUCAGGUCCAGCAGCUGUCUCCUUCUCGGUUUUCUUGGAACAGGCGUUUGAGAAUUGGUGAGCAGACCCAGCUCCAAUCUUUGCUCAUGGAAGCUUCCUUAGUGCCUUAUAAUGCCAAUAGUAAUGAUUUAAUUUGCUGGAAAGGGAAACACAAUUUGUUCAAGUCAAGGGACAUCUCAUUUUCCAUGCAGCAGAAUUUACUUAACGUAGAGCAGCUCAGCUUGGGCGACUCUCUUUUCUUCUCAGGUAUUUGGAAAUGGAAUUUACCUCCUCGCAUUAAAUUUUUCUCCUGGCUUCUUAUUCAUGACAGAAUUUUCUCGAACAAAAUUUUGGUGGCUAAAGGUAUCUUAAACCCGGAACUUAUUGGUUGUAUAGUGUGUAAUUUGGAGGAAUCUAGUAUGCACAUUAUUUGCUAUUGCCGUUUUGCUUGGAAUUUUUGGUGCUAUCUUUUGGCUAAGUGUGAUAUAUUAUGGGUCUCGCCUCCUACGAUCUACCAUUUUUUCAGCUUAUGGUCUUCCUUCUCGCACUCAUCUUUUAAGGAAAUUUGGCGUUUAAUUUGGUUCUUCGGUAUUUGGGAGUUGUGGAAAGCUCGGAAUAAUAGAGUGUUUAAUAGUCAAGAGAGUUCACAUGAGUCUCUAGCUUUUAUGUGUAUUAGCAAGGCGGUUUUCUUUUACUCUUCUUUUCAUCCUCAUUUUCCAUAUAACGGAAAUGAUGUUUUUAGAUCUUUGGAUAUUUUUGUAGCCUCGUUUUGA